AUGCAACAACAACAUUACUCUUACAAACAACAACAAUUUGGAAUUUUAAUACUCUUAAUUUUAUUUAUUAUUAACCUUGUCGGAACUGUAAAAUCACAAACCAAUUCCACAGAUACAAUAGAUUAUGUUGUUAAUUGGGAUAAUGUUCCAACAACAGCACCAACAGUUACCAAUCCACAACAAAAGUCAUUUGGUUCCUGUGUUUGUGAUGUAACUUUAAAUCAAUGUGAUGUUAACUGUUGUUGUGAUCCUGAUUGCGCAUAUUCAAUAGUAGAAAACUCCUUCUCAAAAUGUCUGGUGCCUUACACAAAGAAGGAUUUUAAUUAUUUGUGUGUCCAAAAAACAUUAGUAACUUUUAGUAAUUUGAACAAUUUGAAAAUUUCAACUAAGGAAGUGGUACAAGAUGCUGGAACACCUCUUUUUUGUGUUUACUUUGAAGCAGCCUCUGUUGAUGGGUUGUAUUAUGCUGUUGUUUCCGAUUUGGAUGCAACAUCUAUUAAGAAGGUAUUUGAAAAGUAUGAAGCUUUAACUACUUACAGAACUAGCUACACACAAAAGUAUAUUUAUGAUGUGGCAGCUGUCAAAACAAACACAAGAGUAACUAUAUUUCAAGAUGGUGAUAAAAUUCCUUACACCAUAUCGGCUCCUUCAAGCAACACCUCUCAAGUAACUACAGUAUCCUAUUUCACUUUGCAUAGAAGCUCUAAUUCGGAUGUUUGUGAAAAAACUUUUGUAAAAUUUAUGAGAAAUAAUGGAAAAGAAAAUAAGUGUUCAUGGAUUCCAUCAACUUUAGAAGAUUUCAGAACAAAAUGUCUAGGAGAUUUUAGUGUGAGCUCAUUUGUAUCGAACUACUUUUCAUAUGGAGCAGCACCAGAUAGCUAUUCUCAAUACAUAAAAGUGGAACUUUUGGAAAUGAUAUCAGUAAGUUCAAGUGGUGCAGAAACGGUUCUCUCAACCAUUCCAACAACUACCUAUGCCUCCCAAACUUGCACAAAUGCUGUAAUUGGAGCAAAAUAUUAUUUUGUUUUUACUAGUUCAGGAUCAAUUUCAAAAGCUUACGUUACCUUAAGAGUCAAAACUCUGGUCAAUCCUUCAUUUGUUGAAUUGAAAUCACAAGUGAACUAUAUCAAUGGGACUAUUUCAGAUUUCAGACAGGGUGUAAUCAAACCAAAGAGUGGUAAUCCAGGUUAUAUUCGUAAAAAGCCUGUACUUGCUGGUUACAUGGUAACAAACUCGGUAAAGAAUGCUAUCUAUCAACACUACUUGGGUCUGACUGCACCAACUGGAUAUGAUUGCAGCUCCAAGAGUAGUAUUCUGUUUGAUGUGGAUGCUGUAUUUUCGUGCAGUUUCACUUACACUCUUUCACAAUUGAAAGCAGCAUGUUUGUCAAAUACAUUUUCCCAAUUAGAAUCAAAUGCCACAUAUGUAGGAAGAUAUGGUAAUGCUGACUAUACAAAUACUAACGAUUGGGUAGCCAUAGUAGAAGAUUCCAAACCAAGCUCUACAUGGGACGAACUUACACAAACAUGUAAUAACAUUGCGGCAGGAAUCGAAUAUCAAAUUGUUAUAUCCAAGUCGGGUUCUGUUCAAAACGAGCAAUGGAAAGUGCAAGGCAUACAAAGAUCUCGUUACUCUCUCACUUGGACCUUCAGUGGGGACAAUACGAAAACAAACACUUUUUGGAUUGAAACCAGAGUGAAAUAUGUAAGAACUGAAAAUCAAGAAACCAUCCAAAAGAAUUAUCCAGCUCCUAACUUUUUACCAUUCCUUCCAGAAGAUGUUUUCUAUCCGUUCUCACUCCUCUUAUCAUCCUCUUCUCAACCAUAUCACUUGAUUUCUCUUCUUCCUUUCCUCCUUGUUUCUAUUGUUUCAAUUUUAGUUUUGUAA